AUGAGCAAGCGUAUUUUGGCCAUAUCCGAUGGUUCGGAUUCGUACCCGAACAACCAUCCAUCUCAUAAAUCUAGGUCUCCCGAACCUACUCCACGGAAGCGGAAGACACGUUGGUCAGCAGCCUCAGACUCCGAACGAACCUACAUCCCCGGAAUGCCAACUCAAUUACCUCCGAAUUUGACACCACAACAAGAAAAAAUAUACAUAAUUAAAGAGGGCAAAUUGGGCAGACGCGAUGGGUUGCCAAUGCCCGGUGAGGAUGAACCACUGCAUGCGUUUGUCUCAGCUCCGACGGCAGAGUCGGUUCAAAAAGCGGUCAAGAAAAUUAAUGAAAUCAUCCGUCAAGGUAUAGAAGUUCCUGAAAGCCAAAACGACUUACGGAGAGCUCAGUUGCGAGAGCUAGCUCUUCUGAACGGCACGUUGAGAGAACAUGAAGGAUUAAUGAAACUUCGAGCAAUGGCAGAGGCUCAAACAAUCGCCACAAAUAAAAUUCAUUGUGGAAUUUGUGGGGGAGCCGGUCAUUUAUCGCAGGAUUGCAAGGCCAAUCUGAGUGCCAUGGCAUAUAUUGAUCAGUUGAAUAACAACCCGACGGAGCGUGCCAAAAUGGACAGCGAGUAUUCGGCGCUUAUGGCAGAGCUUGGCGUUGGAGCAGCUUCACAGUUCUUGAACUCAGGAAUGGGUUAUCGUGUAAGUAGUGAGUUCACCAAUUCGGAUUCCGGUCGCGGUGGGGGCAUACGUGCUCCGCGCCCUCCGCGACAACCCCCUCCACCCGGUGUCGCUCCUACGGAAGAGGAAGAGGAUGAGACAAGCAACACAACUACCAUAAAUGGUUCGACUUCUACUGUUACUGCGGUAUCCACAGCAAUCGCGAACACAUCUGAUCCCUAUGGUUACAAGUUGCCGCCGCCUCCCAUAACACCAAUGAUGCCUGGUGUAGGUGGUUGGCCGGGUGCCGGCAUGAUGGUCCCAUCUAUGACCGGUUAUCCUGCGACUCCUGGUUAUCCUCCGUCUGUACCCUCUACUGGCGGCACAGGUGUUUAUACAGUUCCCACCGCCUCAACUGGUGCAGCGACCCAUGGCGGUACCUCGUGGCCCACGACCGCACCAACUCACGGUUGGGGAGACUCUGGAACAUUGCCCCCACCCCCACCAAUGCCAUACGGAGCCCCUGGUAUGGUCCCGCCUCCCUACGGUCCUAUGGCUAGUAAUUAUUGGGGUACCACAACAAUGUACCCUCCGGCUGUCCCAAAUCCUCCGCCGCCACCGCCUCCAGGAGUAUAA